AUGCACCAGGAUGGCCACUAUCCCCAGCCUUCUCCACCUGUGAAUGGUUCAUUGGAACAGGAGCCUCAAAAGCAGCUCCCAGAGAUGCUAGGUGAGGUCUGGGAACCGCCUCGAGGGGACGGGCUGCCACUCCUCUUGGCCAUCAUCGCUGCCUUUGUCCUACUAGCGAUCUGCAUCAUCCUGGCAGUUCACUUUGGGCCGACCUUGCACCACGGCCAUGCCACCCUCCCUACAGAGCCUCCAGCCCUAAAGCCAGAGAACGGCAUUUACCUCAUCCACUGGCGGCUGCUAGACCUCCAGGACAGUCGCAGAGAAACCCAGCAGGGACUUCCUAUUCCUCACUCUGGCCUUGUCCUAGAUGGGCACAGGCCCAGCAUUGAUGAAAUCACCUAUCUGUAGGAGGGUGAUGUGGAGUUAGCCUGACUGGUUUCAGAACAAG